AUGGGUGAAGAGCUAAGAGAUGCGACAGAAUUGUUGGAUGACAAGGAAAAUAUUCCGUCGCAUUCAUAUAAAAAGUAUAUUAAACUUAUUUUACCGCAUGUUAUCUUGGUUGCUGUGGUAUGUUUAUAUGCGGUAGCUGGUGCUUGGGUUUUUUAUAGUCUCGAAUCACCUCAUGAAGAUAAGUUGAAGAAAAUUGGUAUAGAAAAGAUUGAUGAAUUACGAAAAGAGUUAAUUCAAGCGUUAUGGAUAAAACGUAGUGAACUGAAAAGAACCAAAAUGGAUAGUUGGACUCGCGUGACCGACGUGAAACUUCAAACUUUUAAUGAAUAUUUGUAUAAAGCAUUCAAGGAACAUUAUGUUAGAUAUGCAGAUAUUCACAUUUUCAAAGCAAAUAUCGAUAAACGCAACACUAAUACGAAAGGGAGAAGAAGGAAAUCGAAACAUCGACUAAAAUUAAUUAAAAGCAAAAAAUUAUGGACUGCAAGUAGUGCUAUAUUCUUUGCAGCAACAACUAUGGCUACUAUAGGUUACGGUAACAUUGUCCCAGUAACAUCAUAUGGCCGAAUUGCUUGUAUUAUAUUUGCAUUAUUUGGUGUACCAUUGGCUAUUAUAACAAUUGGUGACCUUGGCAAAUUUCUAUCGGAAUGUAUCAUAUGGCUUUAUACUAAGUCGAGAAAAUCUCGCUGUUCACGUCAUUUUAUCAAUUUUAAAUGGCUAACCAAUCGUAAUCCAGAAUUAAGGUCAUCGGACAAAUCUAAUGAAGCAAUGAAACAGUUUAUAAAUUGGGAUGACCUUGCAUUGGAUAAAGCGGAAGUGCCUUUAGUCUUAGUCUUUGCUAUACUUCUCUUUUACAUUGCCUUUGGUGGUCUUCUAUUUGCUUCGUUUGAACCAUGGACUUAUAUGGACGCAUUUUAUUUUUGUUUUGUUUCGCUUACUACAAUUGGAUUUGGUGAUUUUGUGCCUGAAAGUCAGGAAUAUGUACUGCUCAUGUUGAUUUAUCUGGGAUUUGGUCUUGCUGUGACAACAAUGUGUAUCGAUUUGGUUGGUAUUCAAUACAUUCAAAAGAUUCAUUAUUUUGGCCGAAAAUUUCGCGCUGCCGAUAUAUUGCAAUUGCUCAAACGAAGACAAAUGAUUGAACAUGGUUUGACAGUUGAUCAAAGUGAUGAACUUUUAAAAUUAUACCUCAGACAACUUCAAGAAGCAGGGAAUGAAUCAUUGGAAGAAUCAAAAUGGCAUUUAUGUAACAAUGCAUUAGAGAUGCUUACUCCAUCAAAUUAUGAUAUCAGUGAUGAUAACAAUAACAGUGAUUUACAAUGUAUAGAAAUACAUAAAAUAUCUUCCAUUGAACAUGCACAGAUUACACUUCAUGCAGCUGCAAGUAUGCAAUCAUCGUCAAAAUCACUUGCAAUUUGUGAUGAAAAAGGAUUUAAGCAAUUACACAAUAAAUUAAAUCCUAGUAAUCAAAUUGAUGAAAAGCAACAAAAUUUUUCCAAUCAUUCAUCAAUUCAAUCAAUAUUACUACCAGAAACAUCACUAGAAGGAAUUAAAAAUGAAAAUUAUCGCAAACCAUCAUCACCACUUGAUCGAUUCUCUAUGACUUCCUCAUCUGAACGAUUAUCAAAUUUGAAAUUAAUUGCAACAAAUUCUCCCAUUCCUAUCAAAGGACAGCCAUUGUCAUCGUCUCAAUUGUCACAUUUGUCACAGCAACAAUUAGCAGAAACAGUAUCCGUUAUGCAUGUAUCACCUACAAGCAGUCCUACUGGAUUAGCCUCUAUGAUGCAAUGGGAUUCAUACAGUGAAAUGCUGAAUGAAUCAAGCAAACCAUUUGCAGAGCCUGAAAAUAGAGCCACGGAAAUGUUUCUUAGUAAUUCGAUGAUUGCCACAUAUGAAAAUGAAGAUUAUUUAGUGGAACAUGAAGAAAUUGCAAGCGACAAAAAUGGAUACGUCUCGAAAUCAUCACAAUCAUCAUUAUCAACAUUAUCAUCUAUCAGUCAUAAUAUGCAAAUUAUGCGACCAUCUGAGCUUUAUUUAGAUACUUAUGAUUCAAUGGAACUGACUAGUACCACAUCUGAGGUACCAUCUGAACCAAAUGUUCAACAAAUAGAUAUAUCUGAGGUACCAUCUCAGUCAAAUAUUCAACAAAUAGCUAUAUCUCAGGUACCAUCUCAAUCAAAUAUUCAACAAACAGCUAUAUCUGAACCGAAUAUUCAACAGCUAGUUAUACCUGAAGUACCAUCUGAACAGAAUGUUAUAUACUAUCAAAAUAUUCCAAUUCAUAGCUUACAUCAGCAAACGGUUGAAACGGAAAAUGCUUUGCAAAAUUUGCUUAAUGCACCGGAAUCAAUUAUCAGUCAUGAAUUACCACCAGCAGUUGUUGAUGAUAAUUAUUGUUUUGUAAUUGAUGGUGAAACAAUUGGAUCAGAAGCAAUGUUACACGAUGAUAUUCAUUGGAGUCAUACAAGUCGUCCAACGCAAUACUUUUAUUCGGAUGACUUACGUCACUUUCAACGUGUUAAUUGUAUUAAAGCUAAAGGAAAAAUUAUUGCUGUAAAAAUUAUCGGUUCGAAAGCGCAAACAUUUAAUUCAAUACAUUCAAUUCGAUCAACAAUUCCCAUACAUCAGUCACAUUCAGUUGAUUCAAUUUCAACUCGUUCAUCAAUUACAAGUGCUUUUCGUCAUGAUAACAUACCAUUGGUACAGGUAUACGUCGUUACACGUAUUUAUAGUUUCUGGAAAACGUGUCCAUCAUUUCGUCGUAUUGUUACGCUACUGGAUAAAGUGAACGAAACUGAAAUUAAAAAUACGCAUUUUCAUAAACGAAUAUUUGUGCAACAUAUUUGGCGUAAUACAAAACAAUCAGAUAAAGAACGCGUGAAAUGUGAAUUUAAUCGUGAUCUUGCUAGAAUUGCUAGAUCUAAAAUAAGUAAUAAUAAAAAAUCAACAAAAUUUACCUAUCGAUAA